AUGCAUGGAAGUGGUUCUAGCGCCAACAUGAACCCAUCGAUCGAUCCGGUGCGAAAGACUGCAUGGUUCGAGAUUAUCGGCCCAUUCCUGGAGUCUGUGCUGAGCAGGACAGAAGGUUGCUACUUCACUGGCCACAACUUCUCCGCAAUUGAUCUUGUCGUCGGGAUGGACCUCUACAUUUUCCACGAGCGGAUGAUGUCUCGUGGAGAUGGCGACAGUUGGUUGGAUCCAGUGAUCAUGCCAAGGCUUUCUGCCCUCGCGUCUUCAUUGGCCUCACGACCUGCAAGGAAGUUUGCAUUUUCAGCCACGUUGAAAAAUCCCACUACGCUGGCGAGCAUGCGCGACUUCGGUGUUGAGGCAUGGCUCGAAGCUCGGGAGCCCGCAGAAGCACGAAGUGAGAUGAACCGGCAAACUGCGUGA